CUCGAUUUCGUUCUCGUUUGUGGCGUUUGCUGGUCGAAAAGUAACAGUAGAUCCGUUUGGCGAUUCGCAUAAAAAAACCAACAACAACAAUUAACGAAAAAUACCAUUUUAAAACAAAUAACCUACUGGAAAUUAAAUGUUUUUUUCGCGAAAUGCGUUGACUCGGACUUUAAAUGUUUACACAUACUUACAUAAAUGUAACUAUAUACAUACAUAUGUACAUAUGUAUGAAUAAUGCAAGCAAUCGAGGCCAGUGAAAAUAAAUUUGUCUCCAGUUUGUAAAAACAUAUCCGCGAGGCAGGUGCCAGCUUUUUGGCGAAAAACUCAUACUCGUAUAUGUUUACAAAAAAAAUUCGAAAUACAGAUUAACGCAUGUUGUUGUCGUUCUUGUGAAAAUUUACUGAGCUCCUUUUGAGUGCACAGACAAUUAAAAUGGAAGUGUAAAUAACAUUAGUUAAAUGAAAAAGCAAAAGUGUCGUUAAAGUAGACAUGGAAUUGACAGUAUAUCGGCGCAUGCAAUCUUGAUUAUCAACUACUCUACGUUGCCGAAGCGUUUAUCACGACAGCCAAUUAAUCGCAUUUACAUCCCGCUCAAUUACGUCACAUAUUCGCACAUUUUACUGUACACAUGCGUGGUAUGUAUAUGAAUGCAUGGAAGUGAAGGGUAGAGUGAAAUGCCAAGCGGAAAUCGAAAGCGGCCGGAUACGCUGGAAUUAGAGGCGCUUGGUGUGCGCCAAACGGAGUCUUCCGACAAUGAGGAUUGCAGUGUCACAGCCCAUGUUCUACCAAGAGCACACCACCAGAAUUACCAACUGCAAUCAGAACAGAAAGAUCAGGCACCAAAAUCACAAUACUUCCACGCAGCCAAGUCUCAAUACGUUUCCACCAGCGUCGAAAAGCCGUCCAGUACAUUUCAACAAACAGCAUAUUCCCCAUCGCAGCCGGUUGAAAAACAUCAAAGAAAAUGGUUUCAUUUACGUCGCAAAGCUCGUCCUGCACCAUCAGUAAAAGCAGCAUACGACAGCAACAACGAGCUUACUGCUCAUACGCAUGCUGUUCCACCAAAAUUAGUCGAGCCAAAGACAGCGGCUGUCGCCAACACAACCACUACAAUGUGUACAUCGCUGCCCACAAGUCAAACCAUACCCGAUGUUGCGGCGGUUCUCAUGAGACACAACUCGAAAAAACGACGAAGCCGCACACACACCGACAGUCUUUAUAGUUUAGCGACGCUCGCUCAGUCAGGUAAAAUAUGUCAACAACAAAACUCCGAACCGAACGUACCCGACGCUGUAGCGAAUACAACCAUCGCUCCUGAGCCCUGGUCAAAAUCGAGUGAAAAAGCAGACACACAGGCACACAUGAAAACAGCCAUUCAUUUGAAUGAGAAAAACGACGCUUCAAUCCCGACUAGUGCAUUUAUAGAUCAAGAACUUCGCGAUCAUAUGUUGCUCACUUCUGAGCUAACGUCCGUGGAGGAAGGAGUGGACGGCGCCAUGUCAGCACCAGUAUCUGGUUUUCAGAUGCGGUUUUUGUCUAUUUUGGGAAAAUUACCGGGUUGGAAGCGAAGUGAGUGUGUGGACCGGCGUUCUCGUACGAACACCACGACAAAAGCGUCGAUGAGAAAUGAUGGAUCAUUGGAUGCCAACGAUGAGGCUGAAAGUCUAAGCGAUCAUAAAAAUCAAAAACUCAAUGCCGGGUUUGAGCAGUUUUCGAUGUCGCCGGUUGGAAACGGUGCUGGUAGCAAUAAGGGUGUUCGAAGACUGUCACAAAUGCGACGUCGGCGCAGUUCAUACUACUUCUCUGAGAAUGAACGCAGAAUUCGAGCCAACGACCGAGAAUUUAAUGCACAAUUCAAAUACGCCGACAAUUUCAUCAAAACAUCUAAAUAUACACUGCUGACGUUUUUGCCAUUCAAUCUGCUCGAACAAUUUCAACGUCUUGCCAAUUUCUAUUUCCUGUGCUUAUUGGUGCUGCAGCUCAUACCAGCGAUAUCGUCAUUAACCCCCGUUACCACCGCCAUACCGUUAAUUGGCGUAUUAACAUUGACAGCCGUUAAAGAUGCCUAUGAUGACAUUCAACGCCAUCUGUCGGAUUCCCAGGUGAAUAAUAGAAGAUCGAAAACGCUGAGGAACGGUCAAUUAAUCGAUGCGAAAUGGUCAGGAGUUCAGGUUGGCGAUGUGAUACGUCUGGAGAACAACCAAUUUGUGGCAGCCGAUAUCCUCCUGCUGACAACAUCCGAACCGAAUGGCUUGUGUUUCAUCGAAACUGCCGAAUUGGAUGGCGAAACGAAUUUAAAAUGUAAGCAAUGCUUGCCAGAGAUCACUGAAUUGGGUCAGCGGCACGAUCUUCUGUGGAACUUUAAUGGUGAAAUCAUCUGCGAGCGACCCAAUAACUUGCUGAACAAGUUCGAGGGCACACUCAUAUGGCGAAACCAGAGAUACGCGCUUGACAAUGAGAAAAUCCUACUUAGAGGCUGUGUACUACGCAAUACGCAAUGGUGCUACGGUGUUGUCAUAUUUGCGGGCAAGGACACAAAACUAAUGCAGAACUCGGGCAAAACACAAUUCAAAAGCACUGGCGUUGAUAGACUGUUAAAUUUUAUAAUAAUCGGGAUAGUACUUUUUCUACUCUCUAUAUGUGCGUUCUUCACUUUGGCCUGUGCCAUUUGGGAAAGCUUUAUUGGUCAGCAUUUUCAGGUAUACUUACCAUGGGAGAACAUCAUACCCAAAAAUGUUGCACAAGGCUCCACCGUUAUUGGUCUGUUGGUUUUCUUUUCCUAUGCAAUCGUCUUAAAUACUGUUGUGCCAAUAUCUCUCUACGUUUCAGUAGAGGUUAUACGUUUCGCGCAAUCAUUUCUCAUCAAUUGGGAUGAGGAAAUGUACUAUGAACGCUCGAAAACUCAUGCCAAAGCUCGUACCACCACACUCAACGAGGAGUUGGGGCAAAUACAAUAUAUAUUUUCGGAUAAAACUGGCACACUAACACAAAAUAUAAUGACAUUCAACAAAUGCAGUAUUAACGGUCGCACCUACGGCGACGUGUUUGACCUUCGUACGGGUGAAGUUAUCGAGGUCACAGACAAGCAAAAAUAUGUACAGAAUUGCAACAUUAAAUUGAGUGGCAACAAUGCCAGCAACAAAAGCACACCGGCACCAACAAUACUAUUGCACAGCGCCGAAGUACAUCCGAAGAGCACAAUUAUGGUCUCCAGUCCCGCGGAGGGUGGCACUGCUGAUACCUCCAUAGCACCACCAAGCUUAACAACAACACCCAAAGAAAUCCCAUUGCCCAUCGCUACAACAACGACCACUCAAGCUGCUGUGGUGAAUCCAUUGGAUGAUGACGCCACACCGUCUCCAACGAACAACCAGCGUCAUGUCCAGUACGACGAGAGUUCCAUUGGCACGACAGCCACGGAAACGAAUACGCACCAGUCACCAACAUGCGAAAUACGAGGCCCGUUCUCCACGCUGUCCAAUUCAGGCGAUAAAGCUCUUGAACCGGUUGACUUUUCGGCGAACCCGGAAUUCGAGCCAGACUUUCGUUGGUACGACAGGACACUGCUAGAUGCAGUCCGUUCUGACGAGGAGCAUUCGCAAAAUUUUUUCCGCCUACUCGCGCUUUGUCACACCGUGAUGCCCGAGUAUGUGGAGGGGCGGCUAGAAUACCAAGCGCAAAGUCCCGACGAGGCAGCUUUGGUGUCGGCAGCGCGAAACUUCGGUUUCGUGUUCCGUUCACGAACGCCGAAUAGUAUAACCAUAGAAGUGAAAGGAAACCGAGAGGAGUAUGAGCUUCUGAAUAUUAUAGACUUUAAUAACAUCCGCAAGCGUAUGUCGGUGAUAUUGAGACGAGGUGAUGACAUUAUACUCUACUGCAAAGGUGCUGACAAUGUGAUUUAUGAUAGAUUAAGUACUAGUCAAAACGAUAUUAAGGCGCGUACCCAGGAUCAUUUGAAUAAAUUCGCUGGCGAAGGUUUACGAACGCUGGUACUCGCCGAAAGACAUCUUGACGAAGCCUACUACAUGGAUUGGUCGCAGCGUCAACAAAUAGCGGCAGUUUCCCUCGAUGCGCGCGAAGAGAAGCUUAACGCCAUGUACGAGGAGAUCGAAAGUGACUUGAUACUUGUCGGUGUGACGGCGAUCGAAGACAAAUUACAGGAUGGUGUACCUCAAACGAUAGCCAACCUACAAAUGGCCGGUAUAAAAAUUUGGGUACUGACCGGUGACAAACAAGAAACGGCUAUAAAUAUUGGCUACUCCUGUCAAUUAUUAACCGAUGAAUUAGCCGACGUCUUCAUCGUGGACGGCAGUUCACUGGAGGAAGUCAACAAACAAUUGCGCCAAUUCCGUGAAUCGGUCCGAAUUCUCAAUCGAUUUAGACCAACGCCGCUGGAGCCGACAGUUAACUUGAAUCUGAAUUUAAAUGGUGCGAAUAGUGCCGAUCGGAACUCAUCUGUGAUGUAUGGCACUGGGUUGCGUACGCGGACCUCGCCACCGCCAGCGCCAGCGAUAUCGGUGGUUACCUUUAGGUGGGAUGAUGACAAAAUUAAGCAUAAUAAGGGCGAACCGGACAGCGCCGAAUGCAAUGAACUGUAUGACAAUAUUGAGAAGGGUGAAGACGGUGCGAGUGCGUUGCAUCCGGAUGAAAUCAUUGAGGAGAAUACAGGAUUCGCUAUUGUUGUGAAUGGACAUUCGCUUGUCUACUGCCUCUCCCCGGAAUUGGAAUCAAAAUUCCUGGAUGUGGCUUCACAGUGCAAGGCCGUUAUUUGCUGCCGCGUUACGCCUCUGCAAAAAGCCUUGGUGGUGGAGUUGAUCAAGCGCGCGAAGAAUGCCGUAACACUGGCCAUCGGCGAUGGUGCCAAUGACGUUUCAAUGAUAAAAGCUGCUCACAUAGGCGUUGGCAUCUCGGGCCAAGAGGGCUUGCAAGCGGUGCUGGCCAGCGACUAUUCGAUAGCGCAGUUCCGUUACUUGGAGCGUCUUCUGCUCGUCCAUGGCCGUUGGUCAUACUAUCGCAUGUGUAAAUUCUUGCGGUAUUUUUUCUAUAAGAAUUUUGCAUUUACUUUGUGCCACUGCUGGUAUUCGUUCUUUUGUGGCUUUAGCGCCCAGACGGUGUUCGACCCAAUGUUCAUAUCAGUAUACAAUUUGUUCUAUACCUCACUGCCGGUGCUAGCUUUGGGUGUAUUCGAGCAAGAUGUCUCCGACAAACACAGCAUAGAAUAUCCAAAGUUAUAUACACCCGGACUGAAAAGUCAACUGUUUAACACGCGCGAAUUCGUUUACAGUGUUCUUCAUGGUGCCUUCAGUUCGCUCAUAUUAUUCUUAAUACCAUACGGCACUUAUAAGGAUGGAAUCUCGCCAAAUGGACUCAUACUGAGCGAUCACAUGACCUUGGGCGCGGUUGUUGCCACCAUUCUCAUAAUCGAUAACACAGCACAGAUAGGCUUGUAUACUUCAUAUUGGACGAUAUUUAAUCACAUCACUAUCUGGGGUAGCUUGGUAUGCUUUUUCGUCUUGGACUACUUUUAUAAUUAUGUCUUCGGUGGCCCCUAUGUGGGCUCACUGGCGAUGGCCAUGAAGGAUUUGACCUUCUGGGCGACAAUGGUAAUAACCGUUAUUGUGAUAAUGGCUCCUGUGUUGGCCUAUAAAUUCUAUCUAAUCGAUGUACACCCAAGUCUAGCUGAUAAGAUACGUCUGAAAUGUCGCGUGAGCACACGCCAGUCACGGCAGAGUAACAUGGUAAUGCGAACACCUUCGGCGAGAAAGGCACGACGAUCAUUGCGCUCUGGUUACGCGUUUGCGCAUCAGGAAGGCUUUGGUCGACUUAUUACUUCGGGCAAGAUUAUGCGAAAAUUACCACAGGAUUUCGCCUUUCCAUUGGGCUUAGGCAGUAAAAAGUUGCAACCGCAAACGAUGGAUGGUAAUGACGGACGAAAUAAUCAAAACAAUAAUAAUAGCACCCGAAGUAACAAAAAUUCGUCGACAGGAUAUCUCAACGACACCGACGCUGAGAGCGCAGCUGGGGGUGGGAGCAGCAAUGGCGCUCAUAGCGACGAAAACGUAAGCCCUCGUGCUCCUUGCCAAGACUUAGAUACAAUUAAUCUUUAAGUUAAUUAUCGUAUGUAUGUAUGUGUAGCGUAAAGAGAGUGAAUAUUGAACGAUUGGCAAACAUCGACAGUUCAAUCCAUAUGACACCAAAAGAAUAAACCAAAAAGCAAAAUAAAAUUGCACAUUGCAAAGGAAAAGAGGAACUUGAAUUAUUACAAUCAAGGCACAAGCGGAAAGUUUUAACAAAAAUGCUGUAGCAAUUAGUUCAUAAUUAUUUAAGGACUCUACAAUCAACUAGAAAUCCCAAGAACGUUUAUAGUCAUAGAAUUAUGUUAACAAUGUACGAUCAGGUGAUUGUGUUUAAUUAUCUACUAUUUGUAAAUAUUUUGAUAAACUAAACAAAUAGAAAAAAUAACUGUAUUAUGAAAGCUGUAAGGCGGAAGAUAAGAAAUACAAAAUUUAUGAAAUAUUUAAAAGCUUUAAUCCUUAGUAAACAGCUUUAAUGAGAUCUAAAUAAGUAAUUUAAUCCUUUAAUGCAGAAAUAAUAUUUUCAUUCAUUCACCUAUGUUCAUAUGCAUGUGCGUACGUAAUAAAGCAGUUCUUCAAAGUGGCUUAGUCCCAAGGUGAAUGUACGAAAUUCUUCUUAUCUCUCAAAAUAUAAAAAUGUUGGAAUUUUUACAAUUAUAUUAAUGCAUAGAAUAUGUGAACAAGAAUCUCAAAAGCCAGAGGCUAGAGAAGAGUGGCCGCGAUACUUAUACAAACUCAAAGAUACUGCAUACCUAGAAGAACUCACAAUAAUAGGCAAACUCAUAAAAAGAAAAAUGUAUAAAUUCACAAAUUUUUAACAAUUUCUUGAAGAUACUUAGAUUUUCAACUAUUUGAUAUGAGCAUAGAUCUAAAAUUGUGCUGUAGUAUAUACACUAUUUACACACUUAAUUACUUUAUAAAACACAUUUUCUAUAAUGCUUAUUUAAUAAGAGACGUCAAUAAAUAAGACAAACAUGUUUAUACUUUUUUAUUAAUUUCAUGCUUUAAAAGAUCUUUGUAAUAUACUAUAAUCUCUAUAUCGUCACCUGAAAUGCAAAAUAACGUAUCAUCAAAAAAUUCGAAAUUGAGUGUCUUAUUGAUUACGCUUCACUACUUCAAAUUAUAUACGUAAUAUUAAAUAUGUUCAACAGUUUCUGGUUCUGCGGUCAUAUAUAAACCAGUUUUAACCAAUAUUAAUAUUUCGUUUCACUCAUGUUCCAUUUUAUUCAGUGUUUCAUUCAUGCCACUGUAAAUUUCUGAAAAUGUUGUUACGUUAAUUUGCAUUUCAGGUGACGAUAUACUACAUUCUCUACAUACACUUACACGAAAGUAUCAAAAACUAAGAGGUUUUAUGUACAUACAUAUGCGUAUUUCUGGACACAAAUAUAAUUACCCAAUUAGUCAUUUUGCAAGAUAUGAUUUUUUCAAUGGACCUAAUAAAUAUAAUGUCUGCUGUCGUCGCUCUCGUUACAUCCUCUGUAUAUGGCAUCGGCUGACCACCAUUUAAGCUGGUCCCAUCCGGACAAUAAACCUCCACAAAACUUCGAAUGAAAUGAAAACUUUUACGAAAUAUAUUUUAGCAAAUCUGUUAAGACAUGUUCCAUAAAACAUUAUUAUUUUCAAUUGGAUUUGUCGUUAAUAUUCCCGUGCCUGUCAAUUUAUUUCAAAUUUUUAAAUAAGGAAAAUUUUAAUGUCAAAUUUAUUGGGAUUUGCUAUAAUUCUCUGUAUUAUGUUGUUCAACGCAAAGAUUGAGACGAAGAGAAGGAAUAUUGGUAAAGGAACGAUGACGAAAUCGAAAUAAGAGUGAAUUAAGAUACCAAUCUUAACGUAAAAAGUUAAUAUUGCUUCAGUAUAUGUAUCUGAGCAUAACAUAAAUUGUUUUAGGUGGUGUUUCCUUUCAAAUAUUUUUUGUUAUAAAACUGGAACUUUUGAUUUUUCCAACAACACAAUUGACUUGCACCUUUGCAAUAAAAACAACAGCAAAAAUUCUUAUUUUACAUGUAAACUUCCAAAUAUGGACGCUGAGAAGGUUACCAAGUGUAUAUCAAAAGUUCACUUUUUAGACAAUAAUGAAAGCUUUUUGGACAACGUUCUUUUAAUUAUUUUCUUUUUAAAAGUGUACAAAAAUUAAUAUCUAAGAGAAAAUGUAUUUUUCUUAUCCAUAAUACAGAAUAAGAUAUAUGCAUACAUUUAAAUUUUUAAAUAAAGGGGUAGUACCGCUAAACGAUUUUACACUAUCUAAAUAUAUGUAAAGCUAAUUUCGCAAUAGAAUAAAUCUAAAAAUACAUAAUUUAAGACACAACUUUUUUUCUUUACAACAACACUGCAGUAUCUAUUGAAAUUUUAGUUAAACAAAAUACUUACUUUUAAAAUUGUACUUCUAAGUUAACUGCUCACGAAAAAGACGACCAAUGUUUCAUUGAAAUAAGUAUUACUAAUCAAAUAAAGUGGAAUGCAUGUAUCAUUGAGAAUUCGCUAAUUUGCUGCAAGACCGGCAUAAUUCAAAAAACGUGAUUUUUGAGUUAAUGCUGCAGAAUUGUUCGUUAUAUCAUACUUCAUGUUGAGUGAAAAAUUCAUAUGAAUACCUCUUAUAUGCUCCGCUUAAGAAGAGGUGUAAGGUUGGAGUCACCGUAUAAGGUUGUAGUAAGUUGAAAACUUUAAACGCGUUUUCUGGAGAAUCGAUUUUUUUGACUUAUGCCGGUCUUGCAGCAAAUGAGCGAAUUGAAAUUAUCCGUGGUGAGUUGUUACCUAAACAUACAAAGCAUUGUGAUUAAUUACAACUUUUUUUAUAUAAAACUAAAACAUCUGACGAGUAGUUUUAAAUCUUGCCCGCUCCCUUUACUUAGCACGUCAAUGUACAAUGACGUCCGAUUCGUAUACAAAAAAUAGCAAGUGUACUUAUGUCCGUAUGUAAGGUAGUGCUUAUAGUAGGUUUACUCAUAUAUACUACACACAUUCAGCGUUAGAUGCUUUUUAAUUGGCAAUUUAUCAUUGUAGGUGUAGUACACAGCGUACUCUUAGCGUUGAGUAUUGUAGAGACGCAUGCGCUCCGUUAUCAUUGUUGUACCUAUUCAAAACGUAUUUAUAAGGCGCUAAAGUUUUGAACAUUGAUGCUGACCACUGUUUUUAAUAAAGAAAAUUGUAUUUUUACAUAUACUAAA